AUGUCUGCAGACGCCAAAGCGCAAGAACAGCCCGUCAAGAGAGUUCUCCAAACCGUUGGCUUUGACGCCCGGUUCCCCAACCAGAAUCAGACUAAACACUGUUUCCAAUCGUAUAUCGAUUACCACAAAUGCAUCAAUGCCAAAGGCGAGGACUUUGCCCCCUGCAAGCAAUUUUCCAGAGCAUACAAGUCUCUCUGCCCCAAUGACUGGAUUUCUCGCUUUGAUGAGCAACGUGAAGCUGGAACAUUCCCUGCAUCGCUCGAGCCGUGA